CGCUUUCGCUAGUUUCGCUGUUUCGCUCGCUGCGUGGACGACGGAUGGACGGAUUCUGCAUAAUUCUGCGUUUCAAAAUAAUUAGAUAGAAAAAAUGUCUGAACAACCAGGAGGAAGGGGAAAGGCCCGCGGACGCGCUGGGCGAGGGUCGCAGGAGGGCAGGCAGGCGCCGCGGCGGCCCGGGGACGCGGGCGGGGCCGCCGGGCCGGCCCCCGCGGGCGCCGGGCCCGGGCCCGGGCCGCGGCCGCAGCCCCCGUCGGCCUGGGGGCCGCCCGCCGCGGCGCCGCCCGUGCGCGCCGGCGCGCCCGCCGUCGCCGCGGCGGCCGGCCGGGCCUCGCACAGGACCACACCGUCCACCCACGCGCAUCCGGGGGACGUUGACAUCCAACAGAGGAUGCAGACGUUAGAUAUAGGCCAGGGUGUCCCGGCAGGCUCGGGUGAGCCUGGCGGAGCGGCGGCGAGCGGGCGCGGCUCGCGCCGUGGUGGCGGCAGGGUGCUCCCUGAGAAUGUCAUGAUUCUCCGCACCCGCCCUGAUCAGUUGCAAUCGAAGAAAGGGUCUUUCGGCGACGCACUGGACUUGAUGGCGAAUUACUUCGUCGUCCAUUCGACGCCCCAGUGGCGCCUGUACCAGUACCACGUGGACGUGGAUCCCGAGGAGGAUAACACCGGCACUCGCAAGGGGCUGCUGCGUGUCCACGCCAACACUCUAGGAGGGUACAUCUUUGAUGGCUGCGUCUUGUACACAGUCAAGAAACUGCACCCCAACCCUUUGGAGUUGUACUCGGACCGUAAGACGGAUGGGCAGCGUAUGAGACUGCUGAUUAAGCUUACCCAAGAUGUCGCCCCUGGGGAUUACCAUUACCUGCAGAUAUUCAAUCUGAUAAUAAGAAAAUGCUUCUACAAGCUGAACUUGCAGCUGAUGGGCAGGGACUUUUUCGACCCUGAUGCUAAGGUUGACAUACCAGAACAUAAGCUGCAGAUUUGGCCGGGUUACAAGACCACUAUCAAUCAAUAUGAGGACCGCCUCCUAAUGGUGACAGAGAUCACCCAUAAGGUCCUGCGGAUGGACACAGUCUUGCAAAUGCUGCAAGAGUAUGCGAAAACCAAGGGCGCCAACUUUAAGAAAAUAUUCGUGGAAGAUGUGGCGGGCAAAAUCGUGAUGACCGACUACAACAAGCGCACCUACCGCAUAGACGACGUGUCCUGGAAUGACACUCCGACUUCCACGUUCAAGAUGAAGGAUCAGUACAUAUCCUAUAUGGACUACUACGAUCAAAAAUACAAGAUCCGCAUCAACGACCCGCGCCAGCCGAUGCUGAUCUCGCGCUCCAAGCCGCGCGAGAUCCGCGCGGGCCAGCCCGAGCUCGUGAUGCUCGUGCCCGAGCUGUGUCGCCAGACCGGCCUCUCCGACGAGAUGCGCGCCAACUUCCAGCUCAUGAAGGCCAUGGCCGUGCACACCAAGAUCGGCCCCGACAUCAGGAUACAGAAGCUGCUCGCCUUCAACAAGCGCUUUACGCAAAACAAGGAGGUGGUUGCGGAAUUGGGGACAUGGGACUUGAAACUAGCAAAUGAACUGAUCAAGUUCAAAGGCCGUCUACUCCCGCCGGAGAACAUCACGCAGGGCGACGGACGGAAAUACCCCGCCGGCCUCACCACUGAAGGCUGGACCAGAGACAUGAGGUCUCGACCGCUGUUGUCUUUCGGUCCGUGCCCCUCUUGGGUGGUGAUCACGCCGGAGCGGCAGCGCCGCGACGCCGAGAGCUUUGUGGCGCUCAUCAUGAAGACUGGCGGCGGGGCCGGCUUCAGAAUGCCGCAACCGGAAAUUGUGUCCAUCCAGCGUGACGGGUCGAUGGAGUACGCUAAUAUGUGCGAGAAUGUCAUCGCGAAGAAGAACCCGGCCCUCAUUCUGUGCGUCUUGGCAAGACAGAUGGCGGACAGGUACGAAGCUAUCAAGAAGAAGUGCACGGUGGACCGCGCCGUGCCCACGCAGGUGGUGUGCGGCCGCAAUAUGACCAGCAAGUCCGCCAUGUCCAUCGCCACCAAGGUGGCCAUACAGAUCAACUGCAAGCUGGGCGGCGCGCCGUGGACGGUGGACAUUCCGCUGCCCAACCUCAUGGUGAUCGGGUACGACGUGUGCCACGACACGCGCAGCAAGGAGAAGAGCUUCGGCGCCUUCGUAGCCUCUAUGGAUCGCCAACAGACGCGCUACAUCUCCUCCGUCAACGCGCACACCUCCGGCGAGGAGCUCUCCUCGCACAUGGGCUUCAACAUCACCGUCGCGCUCAAGAAGUACCGAGAGAUCAACCAGAAGCUGCCGUCGCAUAUCAUCAUAUACCGUGAUGGCGUGGGCGACGGACAAAUACCCUAUGUGCAUAGCCACGAGGUGGGCGAAAUAAAGAAAAAGCUGAACGAGGUUUACGCGGAUUUGCCUUACAAGCUGUGCUUCAUAAUCGUGUCUAAGCGCAUCAACACGCGCAUCUUCGUGGCGCGCGGCCGCGGCGAGAACCCGCAGCCCGGCACCGUCAUCGACGACGUCGUCACGCUGCCAGAGAGAUACGACUUCUUCCUCGUGUCCCAAAACGUGCGUGAGGGAACCAUCGCACCGACGUCUUACAACGUCAUCGAGGACUCGACUGGCCUGACCCCUGAUCAUAUCCAGCGGCUGACGUACAAGCUGACGCACAUGUACUUCAAUAAUUCUUCAUGCGUGCGCGUGCCCUCCGUGUGCCAGUACGCGCACAAGCUCGCAUUCCUCGCCGCCAACUCGCUGCACAACCAGCCGCACUAUUCGCUCAACGAGACCCUCUACUUCCUCUAACUUACUAAUAUACUACUAUACACUAGUUAUAUUACUUAUAUUAUAUUCGGCCAACAAGGUUCAUGUCCUUACUUCGUACAAACACUUGUGAUGUGACGAAUGCCGUUACGAUAUCAUACGGGCUCAAGUGAAAUUAUAAAAAUAUAAAUCUAUGCCAUACAUAUUAUAAUAAUAGUUCUACUUUAAGGUUGUUUUUGUUUGUUGAUUAUUCGUAUGUUUAAUUGUAGAGCCUCCUGACGUAUUAUAUUUUGAAUCUAAUGAAACAGAGUUGUCUGGGGGUUUAUGCUUCUUAGUCACAUUAUCUGCGAACCUCACUGGUAUGGUUGUAACUCCAUGAGCCAGAUGCACAAAUAUUGUGAUGAUUUACCAUUUGAAUGCGAAUAUGUGUAUGGUGUUCAAAUCGGUAAACAAGCUAGUCAGAUGUUGACCACCGCUAGUUUGUUCUUUGCUUUUUUAUCGUUAUUACAUUAGGCCUAAAACUUAGUAGACAUAAGAUACGGGUACAAGCGUGUAAACUACUAUAGUAAACUUUUGAAUGCCAUUUUGCAUAACUACCUUUUUACUCGUAUGUAUGGCACUGAGGCAUUCAAAGGGUUAUGAGUAUUUGAUGUGAUAUUACAUCUGGUCAACAAUUUAGUUUAUCAAGCACAUUUUUAACCACUGAAGGGUUAAACGUCAAGUCUUCCUUACUUUAACGCCCUUGGCGCUAUCGCCUGUGCCGUAUGCUGAUUAAAAAUAUGGAAACAGUGCGAGCACAGAACGCGUUCAGUAUGUAAUGUCUUAAAACUCAAAAUGUUAUUCUGAAAGCUUAUUUAAUUUGGUGGCGUUUCUUUGACGUAGCAUUAGUAAAUAGUAAUGUUGUGAGUAUUAUAUUCUUUAGUAAUGUUACGUCAAGGAAACUCCACCAAAUUAAAUAAGCUUUCAGAAUGACAUUUUGAGUUUUAAGUAUUUUGACGAGUUACCGUCUUGACGUGUAAAGUGCUCUGAUGUAAUGAUAUUUCGAGGAGUGAGACUACAUGUAAGUUACACUACAUAGUAGUUAGUCAGUGCAUUUAGAGAGUGGGCAGAUCCUUUGGAAUUAGAAUAAGAGAAUCUCUUUAAACACUUUUUAGAAUAUUUACACUUGCGAACAUUCCAGAAGGUUUUGUUCGUAUUAUUAGUCGCUUCGAGGCGAAUAAAGUUGUCUUUUCGAUGUUAGAAUUGUUAGUACAUGUUGUAAACCCCAAGAUUUUCAUGACAAUCAGUUUUGUUUUUAAAUGCUUCGUCUGAUCAUCAUUUACGAUGCCACUGGUCGCUGUGAGGUUCAGCAGGCCUAACAUUUUCAAACAAUGGUGGUGUCAAAAACGAUAAUAGCGUUCUGUGUAAAUACGUGUCUUAAUUCUCAGUCCUAUGUCGCUAACGUCAGCGUGUGCGUAUUCACUUGGUGCGUUAUUUCAUGGAUGAGGCCUUACUGUUUCGGCUUUAUUACGUUUUUAUUUUUUCAUAAUUAUAUUUCAAAUAUUAGUAAUAUACUUUAAAUUGAACACUGCUGGUUUAAGAGUAGAAAAGAUAAGAACUUGUUCUCAGAUUAUAAGAUGAUAAUUAUAUUCUUUGAUUUCGUAUUUGUUAGUGGCCGGGUCUUCAAGGCUCAGUGCCCGUGUAUUGCAAAAAGACUUAAAUUCGGUGCUUUUUUGCUCCUUAAAAAUAAGGACCUUAAAACGAUAUUUGUUAACAGUGUGGGUCAAAAAGUAAUUGAAUUGCUAACAAUUACAAUUAGUAAUUGAAAAUAAUAAUUUCGAUUACAUGUAAUUGCGCCUUUAAUCUACAAUUACUAUUGCAAAACAUUUUUAAUUACAUUUUGAAAUUGAAAUUAAUAUAUACUUGUUCAUAGAUGGCAGCACCAGUCUCUCUCGCUACAACGUAAAUCCGUAAGGAGUUCGUUUAGGAGGUGCAAGCGCGCACUGCUUGCCCUUAGAGCUGGUCAAAGACGCCUAGUCUUACUAAGAUGGCAUAUAGUCGAGAAAUUCGGACGGGCACCGCCGUGGCGGGGUGGCCUAGGGGUUCAUGGCGUUAGCCGCGAUAGCUAAAGACGCCGGUUCGAAUCCGGCCUUCACCACUGGAGGGCUUCGUCACUUUUUCUAUAAUAUAUGACAUCUAUUACAGUUUUUGAAAUUAAUUACUUUACUAAAUUUCUAAUUACUUUUAUUGAAUGCAAGUUUUCGACCAUCUUUAUUUCCAAUAUCAUAUUAAAAUUUUGAAUGAGCUUUAAAAUUGACUAACAAAAGGGGAAAUAAUAAAUGAAAAACAUUUUUAUGUAUGGGAAAUGAAUAUGAUAUUGGAAAUAAAGGUGGUCGAAACUUGCAUUCAAUAAAAGUAAUUUGAUCGGGUUUUAGUUAAUAUGUAAAAAAAAUACAGCAAGAGUUUGUAAUACGUAAGUGAAAUAUUUUUUCGCCUGUGAUUUGUUAUAUUAGUCUUCUGGCAACAAAAAGUAAUUGAGUAAUUUUAUAACCAGUUAAUGUAAUUGCAAUUACAAAUUACUUAGUAAAUUGAAUUGCAUGUAAUUGCAUUUUCAUGUAAUUCAAUUCCAAACAAUUUAAUUGCAUGUAAUUCAAUUAGUAAUUAAAUUACACGAGUGAUUAAUUACGCCCAACACUGUUUGUUAUUCAUAUAAAUAAAUAACUACUUGAUGUGA